UAAAACGCGGUUGUUGCCGCUGUAGGCUGUUCCUCCCUCAAACAGGAUUUACCUCCACGCGUAAACAGUGGUGGGUGUAGCCUGUCAGGGCAGUAGACAAGUCCAACGUUCAGUUUCCUCAUUAAGAGUUUAGCUGAAGGAGUAAUGCUGUUUAACCUCAGCGCCGCGCACAGCACACAGCGCUUCCUCGACAACUUUUUUGGUUUGCUUUCGGCUUUACCGCUUUCUGCUCCCCGAUGACUUCUUCUGUGUCGGCCUGGAUUUGGAGUGAGAGCUUCUGGCUUCCCGAAAAUGUGUCGUGGGCAGACCUCGAGCACCCUCCAGCUGGAGUGGAGUACCCCAGGCUGCAGCAUAUGCUCUACCAUGCCUUCCCUUUGGCGGUGGGGGUUUCGCUGCUCCGGCUGCUGUUUGAAAGGCUGGUGGCCAAACCCUGUGCCCACAUACUUCAGAUUCAGGGGGGAGUGCCCCGGCGAGCUGAGCCCAACGCUGUCCUGGAGAGGCUCUAUCAGUCCAACACGUGUCCAGAUGCGAGACAACUGGAGGGGCUCUCCAAGCAGCUGGACUGGGAGGAACGGAAAAUCCAGAGAUGGUUUCGCAUCCGCCGGAACCAGGACAGGCCCAGCGUAAAGAAGAAGUUCUGUGAGAGCAUGUGGAGAUUCACCUUUUACCUGGGGGUUUUUAUCUAUGCCAUUCGCCAUUUGUGGGUGUCACCUUGGAUGUGGGAUACCAGGCAAUGUUGGUACAACUACCCAUUUCAGCCUCUAAGUCCUGGACAAUACAAUUACUAUGUUGCUGAGCUGGCUUUCUAUUGGUCUCUGAUGGUGUCCCAGUUCACAGACAUUAAACGGAAGGAUUUCAUGAUCAUGCUUGUCCACCACCUGGCCACCAUAUUCCUCAUCACGAUCUCUUAUGGCAACAACAUGCUCAGAGCUGGCACUUUGGUCAUGUGUGUGCACGACGCGUCGGAUAUCUUCCUCGAGGCCGCCAAGUUGGCCAACUAUGCCAAGUACCAAAGGCUCUGCGACACCAUGUUUGUGGUGUUCAGCAUAAUCUUUUUCUUCACUCGACUCGUCAUCUUUCCUUUCUGGGUUGUUCACAGCGUGCUGGUUGAAAGCUGGCAGAUUAUUGGGCCGUAUCAGGCCUGGUGGCUGAUAAACGGGUUACUGCUGGUACUGCAGGCUCUUCACAUUAUCUGGUUCUACCUCAUCGCUCGCAUUGCUGUCAAAGCCAUCUUCAAGGGAAAGGUGUCAAAAGACGAUCGCAGCGACAUAGAGACCAGCACGGAUGAGGACAUUUCCUCCAAUGGCAGUAAAAACUCGUGUCAAACCUCCAAACUGAGGGACAGUAGUAAUACAAAUGUCCUUAAUGGAGAAACUCAUGACCACUGAGAGGAGAGGAGGGGGGGGGGGGGGAGCGGGGGCCCUUUAUUCCAGUCAUAUUUUUUCAACUAUAAAUGAGUGAGACUCACUCUACACUUUAAUACAGUGAACUUUGAUUUCUCUUCCUAAGACGUGUGCCAAGAUGUCAAAUUCCAUGGUUAGUACAAAGCCUCGGGGCCCCUGAAAUGUUUACAUCUGCGGUUUUUCUCACAAAUACAAAAAUAUGUUUGAGAAUGGCAGCGACUGAAGAACUGCUUACAAUGCUUUAUGCAUGUAAAUAGAUUUUCUUAUUGCCAACGGUUUAUGUAUUUAACUGAUGUGAAACAAAUCACUGCUUGUAAUGUAUUUGUUAUAUUGUAGCUAAAUACGCUCAUGUGCUUUUGACUUCAAUUGUCAAACAUACCAAAGUUUUCUUGAUAAAAAGAUAAAUGCAAUAAUCCA